CGCGCACCAACUACUAGCGCAACACAGGGCCAUGGAGGAGCCUCGGAGUGGCCCGGCGGCGUCGGCCACGUCAGGCGCCUCCAACGCUGGCGGCUCGAGCAACCAGCAUCUUCGCCUGUACCCCCUGGCACAGGUACGUGUUCCUCAUUCAUUUGGUUGAUUGGUUUGCUGGUUCCGUCCAUCCAUCCAUCAGAUGCUGCCGUCAUCCCACGAGCGCUACACGACCGGCACGCGUGUGUGGAUGGUGACGACCAAGAAGGGCAGGCAGGAGUGGGUGAAGGCCGACGUCUAUCGCACUGAGGAGACCAGCGGGGCGACGAGAGUGUCCAUGAGGGAGGUAGAGGGAACAGAGGAGUUCACUGUGAAGGUGCCGCACCAGCCCAAGGCAUCGCCGCACGGCCGACAGGUACUUACGUCAGUAGGCAGAGCUGCCUCCACCUCCACUGCUUGAAUGAUCCUGUGUGUGUUCUGUCUGAUGUGAUGUGUGUGCAGGUCCACAAGGGCUUCAGGUUCGUCAAGACGGUACCUGUGCAGCGACCUGUAGAUGAGGAUACUGACAACGGCACGGUACUCGAGCAGCCACAGACACAUGAAUGAAGCAAGCAGCCCACACUGCCUCCCUCCUCUCCGUUGGUUGCCUUGUUGUUCUGUCCGGCCAUCAGCCUCGCCUGUUUGAGCUGCCCCAGGAGGUCGAGAAGGGCGUCCUUUGGCCCCUCCUCGGCGGCGACCUUGCCAUCAGCCUGGCCCGCAUCCGCACCACAUGCCGCCUUGGCCGAGAGCGGGUCUCUGCGGACCUCCUCAGAUCGCUGAUCGAUGCACAGCUCACCGGCAAGGGCCUCCAGGACAUCAUCAGCUACGACCUCUCGUCCGUCGGUCAUCUGCAGCGGUUCCUGUACAUCAUCGACAACAGCGGCGAGUGGGCGGCGACGGUGCGCAUCAUCAGGGUGGCGAAGCAUCAGCGGCGGAGUGGUGGGAAGUUGCCGAUAGAGCUGACCAGUGCUGAUGUGUUGGGGGUGGGCGGCCGGGCGGUGUUCGACGGGCGGUGUGAGGCGCUGCGCCAGCUCUCACUCAUCAAGCGUCACAUCAACAUGACGCUCGAGCGCCGCAGCAACGGCGAGGAGCAGCUGGGUGGGCGUCCACUGACCAUCCGCCCACUUCACUCGCUGCCGGCCAACAGCCCCUAUCGCAAUGCAUACGACUCGGCCAACCCCGUGUGUGAGUAUCUAGGUGAGGGCGAGAAGGGAGGACUGCGGGCAAUGGAUUAGUUGGCUGCGUGUGUCUGUGUAUGUCUGUUUGCAGGCUGUGUGUGUGCUUCAGUUCGCGACGCUGCGUUGAACAAGUGAGAAACAUGGGCAGAAUGACCCACACGAACACAUUAACACAUUGGCUGCACCGCUCUGCCAUGAUGUGUGUGUCUGACCAGGAAGCGUUAUGGAGGGUCGCGAGUCGCGGACCAGGGGGCCACCCGGCACAACGAUGCCACACGCUACGAGCGACUCGUCAGUCACACACACACACACACACACACAGACCCACGAUUGCCUCACCAGCUGCCCCACUCCCUCAUUGUCAUACGUCCCUUUUCGCUUCAGCGGGAUCUCGCCACUCAGCAGCCGCCCGUCUGGAACUGCCGCACCACAAGCACCAGCCACUGGGCGGGAGACGGAAUCUUCAGCCGCGUGAUAGUGCUGCACGGCGACCAGCCCGGCCAGACCUUCGCAGCCCACAUCUACAUCCGCAGCUACUCCGACUUUGCCCGCGCCUACCUGCACACGACGGAGGGACCGGUGGAUGGCAAGGAGGGUGCGGCGGCAUUCCCCGAGACAGUGACGGUGGUGCGGCAGCUGAUGGAAGCCGAUGACGAACAGGCGGCGUUUGGCGACCAGCUAGCUGUAGCCCUCCCCCCAGCUGAUGGCGGUGGUGAGGGUGAGGGUGGCGGGCAGACCGCAGGCAAGCACAAGGAGGGGCGGCACACGGACGAGCUAUGAAUGGGUCAGUGUGGACGGAUGUGUGGCUGCCUGCAGGUCCUGCUGCGGCCGCAUCAUCGGCAGCGAGCGGCAGCGUGUAGAGAGGGAUGGGGGUGGCAGCACAACGAUAGAGGACGAGUAGCCCACAGUAGCCGACUUACUGACCCGCACGGACACGCACG